AUGGCUCCUGUGGAAUCAGAAGAAGUGGAGAUCCAUGAAUCACCUGGCCCAUCAACAGUACAGUUGUCAAGUGAAGAGGUGCAGGUGGGCACAGAAGUAAAAGCUAUUGAGGAGUUGGAGACGACGCAUGAUGUUAGAAAAAUUAAUACCGUUGUCACCACCGGUCCAACGAAGAUCCCCACACAGGACGGUCCAAAAUCACCAGGUCAACAACUGGACCAGACCGUGGCCACGCUCAGUCCAAUCGCCCGAACAAGAAAGCAAUACCACGCCCGCCGCACCUUUUUAAUAUUGCCUUUUUUCUCUCUCCCUCAGUCUUUACCAAGGCGAAGAUCACACAGUUCUGGUAGCGGCAAUAGCAGCAGUGGAUUAAUAGGUACACCAUCCUUAGCACCUCACCAGGUUAUCAGUUCUGUUACAGCCACAACUCUUCCACAACUUGCCCCAGCUCCAUCAUCAUCAGUCACCAUUCAGGGUUCUGGCCCAUCCCUGGUGUCUACACCUGUGAUAGCUUCAGUACAGGCGGCUAAUUCUCCUGCUGGCUCAGCUCUACUUGCUCAACUUCUUACUUCAGGCUCAUAUCCGGUUACUUCCUGUCAGUCAAUCAGUGGCAAACAGUUUGCUAGCAUCACCAGUGCUGGUCAGUUGAAUAAUUUGAGAAGCAACAGCAUGACAGUGGACUGUUGCAACAGUGUUAAGACACCUCUUGUGAUACCUGGUGUUAUCACAGGUAAUGGGAGUGCAAGUAGCAGUUGCAACAGCAGUAACAGCAGCAUCUGCAGCCUCAGCAAUAAUAACAGUAUGAAGCCAGUAGUGACUGCUGCUCUUAUUGUGCCUCCCAUCACCCUUUCUGCUGUGACACCAUCAACGCUCAAGACCCAAUCCUUCUCCCAGGUUUCUCCCUGGAGACCCUUGUUCACACACAGGGUAAAUAGUGAAACAUUCUCCUCACAUCCAGAACUACCUCCUCCUUAA